CACAAGGGGCUUAUUACGGUUCGCAGUACGGUCGGCAGACGUCAAGAAAGACGGGUUUAUACCAGGGGUACCCGCAAUGUAAUUUUGAUUGUGCAAAAAUGUUAAAUUUUCGCUGCCCAGCGGUCCGCCAUGUCAGUCGAUAGUCGAACGUUGAGCCGGAAACAUCGUGAGAUAGUCUAACAUUAUCGCGCAGCAGUAAAGUGUACUGAUAGUGGAAGUGAUCAUACCUUUGAAUAAAAAAGAAAAGGAAUUUAAAAUAUCUUGCCAAUUUGACAAAGCGCAUAUCAUACCCGAUAGCAUUCACAUACUUGAGUGCUGCAACUCACCUUGUGUCUACCAUAUAAUUAAGUGUGUAUGAUAUAAUAUUUAGUUCCGAAGCAGUCGGUUACAAACUGUAAUAAAGACGAAAAAGUGGUGUGAAGUGAAAAAUCUGCACAAUCAUAUAGAAGAAUUUACCACAUAAACGCGAAGAAGGAAAACUGGAUAUCUACAAACCUAAUUAUUAACUGAAGAAGGAGAGAAGUACGAAGCAACAGCAGGGGGUAAUAAAUUUGUAAUCGCAUCCAAUCAUCAGUGCAAUAAUAAUAACAAAAACAACAACGGCAUUCAGAACGAACACCAGGAUUGAAUACUUAUUAUUCGUCGUAUCCCGUAAGCAGAGAGAUCGCAGGACACACAACCGCAAUGACGUCAGUGAUGCUGAUCGAGGACAGUGCCAAUAAUAACGAUAACGUUGCCAAUCAUGAACUGGAAAGAGAGAAGCAUCUCCGCGGGCUCACCAAGACAUUUACCGGAAUCGAAAAGCCCCUGAAGAACGCACCGACAUGCGCAACGUUAUCCGACCUUAUCAGCGAGCUGCACAAAGCCUUUUCCUCCGACCGCGUGAACAUUGAGUUCGUUAAUCAUCUGAUGCUAAGCUACCAGUCCAACCCGGCCGAGUGGCGAAAGUUUGCCAAGUUCGAUCGUUUCAGAUACACGCGAAACCUAGUCGACGCGGGAAAUGGGAAGUUCAACCUAAUGAUCCUCUGUUGGAAUGAAGGACAUGCCUCCGCCAUCCAUGACCAUGCCGAUUCGCACUGUUUCAUGAAGAUGCUCAAGGGACAGCUGAGUGAGGUGCGUUUCGCAUGGCCAAAAGACAAAACCGUAGCCGAUGACUGCAAUGCCGACAUUGGAAAAAGUGACGGUUCCUGCGAAACCGAGUACGAUGGCGAAGAGCUCGAAGAAAUUUCCCGAUCCACAAUGGAGACAAACGGCGUUUGUUACAUCAACGACACUCUCGGUCUGCACCGAGUGGAAAAUCCUAGCCACUCGGAUGUUGCCGUGUCGCUGCACUUGUACUGUCCCCCGUUUGACACGUGCUCCAUCUUCAACAAGCAGACUGGCAAACGAACCAAGUGCAAGGUCACCUUCUGGAGCAAAUACGGCAAAAGAGAAUCACAGGACAACUAAGGUGAGUCUUCCUCCGCACCGCUCAACUUUGACUAAGCCAAUGUGAAAAGCUUAAAAAGCAUGGAAACGCAAGAGUGAGAUUUUACAAGAUUUGCCUAAUCCAGCGUUUAGAGAUUUUACGUGGAAGGACUUAAUAUUAAACAUUUAUAUAAUUUAGCAGGACAGUGAUAUGCAUCAGCAAGCAACAUUCAGAAGCAUGUAUGAGCAAUUUUAGGUCAUUUCACUAUUGCAUUUAAAUUCUAUGUAUUACUGAGGAUAUAAAAUACAUAAUUUUCCGAACAACUUAA